AUGAUUUGUUUGGGCGUUUUUUACGCAGCCGUUCAGUUGGUCAGUGGUCACACAAAAUCCAGCACACCGUUGAUUUACACGGGCACCCCGGACGCGAUCCGCGCUCAGACUGCCCUAAGUGCAGUUCUGUCCAAUUUUGUGGCCGCGCAUUUUUUCGCUUGGCUUCGUGACGAAGGUAGUUGGUUGGAGAUUGGAAAUAGUAUUAGUCACUAUGUGAUCGCGAUGGCCUUCGGGUUGGCUGCGUUUCUGUUCGCUCGGUUCGGCCGAAAGAUGCUCACCUGUCACCCCCACUACAUUUCCGCUUAUACUGACCCAGUUUGGCGCAAGGAUCUUUGA